UUUUUUUCUAUUUUUUUGCCACAAAACUCUGAGUAAAAGGAAGGAAGCAAGCAAGCAGACGACAGAGCUCCAGCUCCAGCAACAGCAGGCCGAGUUCACAGAAGCUUCUCCACCCAUUUCACACUUCUGGUUUCCUCUUACUCUUCAACCUCAAGCACUACACACAGGAUGCCUCUGGGCGGCGGAAACAAGUGUGGCUGCUGUCAGAAGACCGUCUACUUCGCUGAGGAAGUCCAGUGCGACGGACGGAGUUUUCAUAAAUCAUGCUUCCUGUGUAUGGUGUGCAGGAAGAACCUUGACAGCACUACUGUGGCGACCCAUGAAAACGAAGUCUACUGCAAGUCCUGCUAUGGCAAGAAAUACGGCCCGAAAGGCUACGGCUACGGUGCGGGAGCCGGGACGCUGAGCAUGGACAAGGGGGAGUCCCUGGGAAUCAAACAUGAAGUCGAUCAGCAGCACCAACCUACCAACAACCCAAACACGUCCAAGUUCGCGCAAAAGUUUGGUGGUUCUGAUGUGUGCCCUCGCUGUGGCAAAGCAGUGUACGCUGCCGAGAAGACCAUCGGUGCAGGCGCGUCUUGGCACAAGAGCUGUUUCCGCUGCGCUAAAUGUGGGAAGGGCCUUGAAUCCACCACCACAACGGACAAAGACGGAGAGAUCUUCUGCAAAGGUUGCUAUGCUAAAAGCUUCGGUCCAAAAGGGUUCGGGUAUGGCCAAGGAGCUGGGGCUCUCUCUCACGCUCAGUAGAACCGUGCGACCGGAACCUUUUCUGGUCCUAAACGCCGUUUCACUCUCGGCUGGAGAAAAAUCGCUUGGGAAGACGAAGCUCUUCACUGCAUGCGUUUUAAAAACAUUUACAGCAGCUUGCUUGUUUAAAAAUAAAAAAACCUACAGUUAGCUGCAUAUUUUAGUAGGAUUACUACACAAAUGGAGUAUGUAAAUGUAACGCUAGCUUGCUAAUGACGUUAUCAACAGCUGAAUUAUUCACGUAUCACUAGCAAUGCUAAGGCACACGUUUAGCUGCUUAGCUUUUUUCCCCCGUCGACUUUGGAUAUAAUCAGAUUACGAUCUUUAUAAAAAAAACAAUAAACACCAGUGUACGUCA